AUGACACCACCAGGCCGAAAGAUCGUGGCCACUCAUUUGGCGGAUCACGAAGACGACGAAAACCGGGGACUCAGGGGCUACGUCAAAGCAACCGACUAUGCGCUUCCUUACAUGUCGCAAUGGUCACGAAUCAACGAUGAAGACGUCAAGAGCGAGCUACUCCGCCAUAUCAACUGCGGUUAUCUCUCCACGCAUGGUAUUCCGCCGACACUCCUCGCAUUGAAGCAGCACGCCCAAUCUCUCUGUGCCCUCAUCCAAAUUCUGCAGCCAGAUGUCAAGGUCGCCGAGGUCCAAGUUGAUGGCGCUACAUCCACCAGCAACGAAGGUUCCAAGGGGAAGGGCAAGACCAGUGCCUCAUCGGCCGACGACGGUCUCGCUCUGAAACUCGAACUUAACUCAGCUUUCGACUUCCUCAACGACAUUCGCACACCUUACCACACCGACGAUGUCAACCACCACAAGCCCCUUGUCUCACUGAUCAACGAAGUCCGUGGACGCAAUGAGGUUUACGGCACCGAUUACCACUGUCCCCUGACCGAGAUCCAGCACUAUUCGCCCCCGGUAAAAACUUCCAACACCACCACUUUCGGCCAGGAAGACCAGGGCCCAAGGGAACUUCGCCCUUACUCCAACCUUCAGAACCUGCUCACCCACACCAACUCCUGCCUGGAGCGCCUCGACCACGAGUAUACCGCCACGGGCGGUCUGCUGAGCGUGCUCCCCACCGACGCGGACCACGACACCCAAGAGAUCAAGCACGCGCGCACCACCUUGCUCGGCCAAUGGCUUCUCUUCACGCAGCACCUUGUCGCGCGCAUGCACGAGCUCGAGCGCAGCUACGGCAACGCGCUUGACGUGCUGGCCGGCGAAGCCGCCAUUCCGCACCAGGUGCUCGGCAAGCUGGGACCCGACGGCCGGACGGGCCGAGCGGUGGCCUACCCGCAGGACCAGUACAUUCUCGUCAACUCAGGCGACGACGUCUACGAGUACAUCCACAGCCUGCUCGACAAGCGCGAGGCGGUCCUUCAGGCCAAGGAGAGAGUCUGGCGCCGCAACGGCGCGGUCGGAGAGGAAAUGUGGCACAAGAACCCGCAAACCGGUGCCGGCGCCGACAACGGCACUGGCACUGACGGAAACAGCCUCUUCGACCAGAUGGAAAAGGUCGAUGGAGACCUCGUCGGCGCCUACUUCUCGCGUGGCAUCGUGCAGGUGGACGUCACCACCCGCUACUACCGCCUGGCCAACUCCGGCAAGGGCGUCCUCUUCGUCAUCCCCGCCCACGCCGUCCACCCGGGCGUCGAGCACACCCGCCUGCUGGAAACCCAGCCGACCAUCAUGGCCACGGUGCAGCCGCGCUACCCGCCGCGCGCGUCUGAGCUGGAGAUGAAGUACACCCAGAAGCUGCGCGAGGCGGGCAAGAUCCAGCAGGAGAACCUCGACCUGCACUCCGAGAUGGGAUCUCAGAAGGAGCAGAUCCGUACCCUCACGGCGGAGGUGGAGAGGUUGAGCCACGCCAGGGAUGCGUUGCUGAAUGGAGUCGGGAAGGGGGAAAUGGAGGCUAAGAGUGAGGCGGAGGUGCUGAGGAAGAGGGCGGAGAGGGCGGAGAAGCUGGUGAGGGAGUUGAAGGCGGGGAAGAGUAAGGUGUUGAAAUCGGCGACGAGAUAUGACUAUGAUUUGGAGGAGGAGGAGGAGGAGGAGAGGGGUGAGGAGGAGGAGGGACAACUGUAG